GAUCCCGGGCGCAUCUCAUUUCAUCCCAAGCCUCCGGCAACGAAGGAUAUAAAACUUCAAAGAAUAUAUUCUAGAAGUAUUUCUUCUGAAUUAUCUGGAAACGUCCAGAACGUUCUAGAAUCUUCGAGAAUGCGUGUGUUGUGUGUAUUCCUGAUUGCCGCGGUGGUGGCCUGCAGUGCAGCGCCGGGGGGAUCCAAUGAGGAAGAUGGAAGAAUUGAGCUGUUUUCUGGUGUAGCGAUUGAGAAGGAUGCGACCGGUGAAGAGAAGUUAAACGUUAAGUUUGAACCUGGUGAACUGCGAGAGGCCGCCAGGACUUUUGAAGAAGCUCGUGGAAAAAUCAAGAAAUACUCUCCUCUCCUAGCGGGCAUCGGUGUCAAGGUUCUGGCGGUAGCUGGUCUGCUGUUCGGAGGCCUCACUCUUCUCGUCACGAAGGCACUUGUAGUGGCGAAGUUGGCGUUCGUGGUAGCUGCCGCCCUGGGCAUACAGAAACUGUUGAGCGGUGGUGGUCUUAACAGUAUUGGUGGAAAGCUCGCUGGUUUCCAGUCUUCACAGCAGUGGUCUUCCCCGACAGCUUCAGCCGGGACCUACCCUUACGCCAGAUCUUCAAACAUCGCAAACGACGCCAACGACCUAGCUUACAAAGCCCAGAUCAGUUCAUAAACUUAAAUAGGAGAGCAGAGAACAGAAGUAUUUUUACUUCAAAGAAAGAUGUAGAAGGAAAAAUAUUUAAUUUUCCUUUUUGUAAAAUGUAAGAGUUAAGAA